AUGUUAUUUUUUACCCUAACAUCAGAAAAGCUACGAAGUUCAAUUAAAACAUAUACGUAUUCAAUAAAUUCAUAUAAACAGCAUAGAGAUUUGAAAUUACAAAAAGAAUUUUCAGAUUAUUACCAAGAAACUUCUUUUAAUGAUAUAACAAAAAAUGAAAUUAUAUCAGGAAGUGGAAGUUAUUACAUUCAUAACACAUUAUUUACUUUCCAUUAUAGAAAUCGUGCAGUUUACCUUAAUUCCAACAGCAAAGUAUUAUUAGAAACUUGUACAUUUUAUAAUAACAGCGUCAAAGGAAGAGGUGGAUCAUUCUAUAUCGAGAAUUCAGAGUGUAUCAUAGUUCAUAUUUGUGUUUCAUCAUCAACAGUUAGUUCUCUUUCAGGAAGUGCAUAUUGCAUUGUUUCAAAUGAUAACAAUAGGAGUUAUGCAUUUGAAUGUUCAGUAUCGCAAUGUAGUGGAUAUGAAGCUGCAUUUUAUCAUCAAAAGGGAGAUAUCCAAGUAAGUAAUAUGAAUACAUCUUAUCAUAAUAUUAAAAGAAUUGCGGCAUAUGGAAUCCAAUGGCCAGAUGGAACAGGUAUUAUUAAUUUCACAACAGCAUCAAAUACUUCAUCUUCAGAAGCUCAAGGAAUUUAUCAUGAAGGCACAUUACAUAGUACUUAUUGCAAUUAUUUAAACAAUGAAUGUAGAGAGACCAACAAUGCUAUCUUUUAUUGUAGAAGUAAAUGUAAAUAUUCAAAAUGUUCAUUCAUCGAAAAUAAGGGAACUUAUUUAUUUCGGAGAAAACCAGAAAUUGAAAACUGUUAUUUUGCCGAAAACACUUUUGAACGAAAUGUCCAUUAUGAUGAAUCAUUUACUUUAGAAUCAUUUGAGUCAUUCAAUUCAUCUAUUGUUCAUUAUUCAACAGAUGGAUGUUCUGCAACGUAUACAAGUAAAAUUCAUAAUACAUUAAGCAUUCUAACAUAUAGAAAUUCGAGAUUUAGAAUUCUUAGACGCUAA